AAAAGAAUCCGAAAUGCAAGGGGAAACUCUGCGCGCGAGGAAUACGAGAAAUGGCAUAAAAGAACAAUAUAUUGGACCGGUCGGCAAUGCACGUGUUUGAUUUUUAUAUUCAUCUGUUGUGAACACAAAUACAAACAGGAUUUGUGCAAUUAAAGACAAGCAACAAGCAUUUUCCGUUUUUAUUUAGACGUCUCGCGAUUAAAAAGGUGUCAGAAUGGACCAGUUAUUAUAUUUGGGUGGGUUAGUCGUGUUGUUUUUAGUAUGGAUAAAAGUAAAGGGCUUGGAGUACGUGAUAGUACACCAGAGAUGGAUCUUCGUUUGCCUCUUUCUGCUGCCUUUAUCCGUCAUCUUUGAUGUGUACUAUUACCUGCGCGCGUGGAUGAUCUUCAAGAUGUGCUCAGCGCCCAAGCAGCACGACCAGCGAGUCAGAGACAUUCAGAGACAGGUGCGAGAAUGGAGAAAAGAGGGAGGGAAGAAACAUAUGUGCACAGGUCGCCCUGGUUGGCUGACUGUGUCCCUCAGGGUGGGAAAAUACAAGAAGACGCACAAGAACAUCAUGAUUAACAUGAUGGACAUCCUGGAGGUGGACACAAAGCGACAGGUGGUGCGUGUGGAACCUUUAGCUAACAUGGGUCAGGUGACUGCUCUACUCAACUCUAUUGGCUGGACAUUGCCUGUGUUGCCUGAGCUUGAUGACCUCACAGUAGGUGGGCUGGUUAUGGGAACAGGCAUUGAGUCUUCAUCUCAUAUCUAUGGCCUGUUCCAGCACAUUUGUGUGGCCUAUGAGCUGGUGUUGGCUGAUGGUAGUCUGGUCCGUUGCACUGAGAAAGAAAACCCUGACCUGUUCUAUGCGAUUCCUUGGUCCUGUGGUACUUUGGGGUUCCUGGUGGCUGCAGAGAUCCGGAUCAUUCCAGCUCAGAAAUGGGUGAAGCUACGCUAUGAACCAGUACAGGGCUUGGAUGCUAUCUGCAAGAAGUUUGCUGAGGAAUCAGCCAAUAAGGAGAACCAGUUUGUGGAGGGAUUGCAGUACUCUCGGGACGAGGCCGUGAUCAUGACUGGAACAAUGACUGAUGAUGCAGAGCCUGGCAAGACUAACUGUAUAGGUUACUAUUACAAGCCAUGGUUCUUCAAACAUGUGGAGGGGUUUCUCAAGGAGAACCGUGUUGCUGUGGAGUACAUUCCUCUCAGACAUUACUACCACAGACACACCCGCAGCAUCUUCUGGGAAUUGCAAGAUAUCAUUCCAUUUGGGAACAACCCGUUGUUCAGGUAUGUGUUUGGCUGGAUGGUUCCUCCUAAGAUCUCUCUGCUGAAGCUUACUCAGGGAGAGACCAUUCGCAAACUGUACGAGCAGCACCAUGUAGUGCAGGACAUGCUGGUCCCCAUGAAGCACAUUAAAACCGCCAUCCUACGCUUCCAUGAUGACAUACAGGUGUAUCCUCUGUGGCUGUGUCCCUUUGUUCUGCCCAACCAGCCAGGAAUGGUGCAUCCUAAAGGAGAUGGAGAUGAAUUGUACGUUGAUAUUGGAGCAUAUGGGGAACCCAAAGUCAAACAAUUUGAGGCCAGAGCUUCCACACGCCAGCUGGAGAAGUUUGUCAGAGAUGUUCAUGGAUUCCAGAUGCUUUAUGCUGAUGUGUACAUGGAACGACAGGAAUUCUGGGAGAUGUUCGACGGCGCAUUAUAUCAUAAACUCAGACAGCAACUUGACUGUAAAGAUGCAUUUCCUGAAGUCUAUGACAAGAUCUGCAAGUCUGCAAGACACUGAAUUCAGCACAUGUGAGCAAUAGAAUACUUGAUAGAACUGUACAAGCCUUAAAUUGGGGCAAAACCAAAUACUUCCAACUCUUAAAGGAAUAUCCAGUUGAAAUUCAGCCCUCUUUGUCAUAUACUGUAUCUAUAUUUGAGAUCAGUUAGCCAAACAUAAAGGCCCUUAUUUUUGUUAAGGUGAUUAACACAUGAUUAAACAAACCUUAUAUAAUGAUUAACAGAUCAGUAGUUUAUGUACAGUCAAAUAUGAAUACUGGUAUAUGAAUCAGUGUUGUCACGUAACAGUUUUAAUCUGUGUUAACUAAUUAUCUGUUAACAAUAAUAUAUAUUGUUAUAUAACAAUUCUUUUUGUUAAUGUUAUUAAAGAAAGUUCAAAUUAAAAUGGUUAUUUUUGAUGAUUUUAAAAAUUAUUUUCAACAUUCUUUAGAAGUUAAAAAAAUAAAGUUGUUCACUAUUUUCCUACAUUGUGAAUGUUGGCUACCUCGCAUUUGAGUGUCUUAACAACACCAAACAUAGUGAUUUAUUUUUUAGGCAUGUUCAAAGUAAUAUUUUGUCUACUAAACAACAUUAAAGCACUUCUCAAUAUGAGCCUGACACAAGUUGUGAAUGUAUUUACCAUUAAUUUCUUUGAUAAUGUACCAUUUUUAGUCAAAUAUAUGUGGUGAUGGAAUAACUUUUGUCAUUUGUACAAUUACAGUUACAGUCAAUUACAGUUGAAGUCAUAAGUUUA